AUGUUGUAUGAACUUAUCGGACUUGUCCGCAUAACCAAUUCCAACGCCCCAAAAUUAGAAGCGAAGGAGUUAUCUAUCACGAUUGGAAAAUUGAUUAUCCAGAAUAGAGGUGUCGUUAGGGACAUUGUACCCAUGGGCAUAAGAUAUCUUCCUAAAAUCAUGAAAAAAGACCAGGAAAAACACUUUCGAGCAUAUCAUUUUUUGAUGCUAUUUGACUCAUCAGCUGCAGUGCAAUCAGAAAUUCUGAGGACUUUAAAGAAAGAUCCUCGUGUCAUUAGAUCAUCCAUCGUAAAAGUUAGCACAGAAAAGGAGCUUGAUGUGGCCUCAUCACUGCACCGCUCUUUGGGGAAAAAAUCUAUUCUAGAAUUAGUGAAUGAAGAUUAUCAAUCCAUCUAG